UCAUGCUCGGAAUACAAGGCAAGGACAAAUAUGGCACUUUUUUCCGGCGCAUUACUGUAAUCAAGCCAAUAGCUCUCAUUAUUUCGGUACCGUCAUAUACAGGUGUAAAAUUGUAUGAGAAUACGAAGAUGGAUAUACCAUUUUCUGUACUAAAUAAGUUGUCGACAGAUCAAGAUAUUGAUGUUAGAAUUCGGGACACCCAGGGCUUUGCUGAAGCACCGACAAUCAUUUCUUUUACGCUUAAACCUGGUAAAAACUUCACUGGGAAGUUCGUGAUCAGAGGUGGAAUAUCAGGAAUAACAACAACAGUUACAAUCACAGCUAAACCAUAUCUCGGACAUGGACAAGUUCUACAUGGACCAUCCGAAGUGAGGCAAUUCACAGUGGAAAGACAUAUCACCAAUAUCUCUACAUCAACAACUACAAUUACACCGGCAGCAAUUGAUUUUAAAUCAGCUUCUUUAACAACUGCUGGAGUAAUACCGUCCAGUUCAUUGUUAUCGACUGGUGUAAAAUCAACACCUCCCUCAAUUGUUGGAAUAACAACAUCCAGUGUAACAUCAUCGACCAGCGUCAAAUCAAUAUCUUCAUCAACGGUUGCAGGUACCACUCCUAGCACAGCACCAUUGACUAGUUUUAAAUCAAACUAUCCUGUAACUAUUGCGGGGACAACGUCUAGAACUAAAUCCCUGUCUAGUGCCAAAGCAAUACCUUCAACAGCUACUGCAGUAACCACCACUACCGCUUCACCUUCAACAGAUGCUGCUGCAGUAACCACCACUACCGCUUCACCUUCAACGGCUGCUGCAGUAACCACCACUACCGCUUCACCUUCAACAGCUGCUGCAGUAACCACCACUACCGCUUCACCUUCAACAGCUGCUGCAGUAACCACCACUACCGCUUCACCUUCAACAGCUGCUGCAGUAACCACCACUACCGCUUCACCUUCAACAGCUGCUGCAGUAACCACCACUACCGCUUCACCUUCAACAGCUGCUGCAGUAACCACCACUACCGCUUCUACCAUUUCAUCUUCAGUUCAAUCCGUUUCAUCAAGUUCCACGAGGAAACAUCCACCAACUUUAUCUUCAGCCGUUACUUCAUACCCAAACAGCGAAACGACAUCUGUAAUACCAAGCACAGGCAAGGACAACAAAGGCGACUUCUUGGCUAUAAUUUCUGCUAUAGUAUUCAAAAAUAAUAUGAAAAUAGGACAAAGUGGUGCUGGGUUCAGGAAGAAAUAUAUCACAUUUUCUGAACAUAUUGAUGUUGCUUGGCCUUGAAACAAUUUUGUAUUAUACGAAUGAUGAACAUUUUUUUUAAUUAUCACUGUUUUUUUCUAAA